GGUGGGAACGGAGCAGAUUAGACACAGGGGAAGGAACGAGCUCCGGGGAGAAGGGAAAGAGCUGGAAGCGCAGCAGCAACGGGAAUAGCUGGGAAUUCAAUUACUGAGACACAUUGAGACAUAUAUUACCUGAUACACGGCCCGACUCCUCGCACCGCGCAACCUGCACACAGCAGAUUGAAAUUUUCCAACCUCAUUGCCUUCCAAGCGGACAGAGCUCUGUGCCCUCGUCUUCCUCCCAUUCUCUGCCUGGCUCAGAUUGGGAAUAGCACAGGUCUGUGCAAGCCUGCACCCUCCCACCCUCUCGCUCGGAGAGCUUUCUUCUGACUAAGUGCCCGGCUAAUCUGCAACCAUUCUGUGCUGCAAGAAAUCCACAGCUAUGGCAGAGGACAGCAGCGGAGGUGGGGCUGCAUCGGGCAGCUUCUGGGAGGCCGGCAAUUACCGCCGCACUGUCAAACGGAUCGAGGACGGGAACCGGCUGUGCAACGACCUAGUCAGUUGUUUCCGCGAGAGAGCCAAGAUCGAAAAGAGCUACUCACAACAGCUUUCCGACUGGAGCAAUAAAUGGAGGAAUUCUCUGGCAAAGGGGCCUCAGUAUGGCACCCUGGAGAAGUCCUGGCAGGCGUUCCUGACAGCUGCAGAGAAGCUGAGUGAGAUCCAUACAGAGCUGCGGAACCAGAUAUGGGACGAGGACAGUGGGAAGGUGCGGGAUUGGCAGAAGGAGGCCUUUCACAAGCAGAUGAUUGGAGGUUUCCGGGAGUCAAAGGAAGCGGAGGAGAGUUUCAGCAAGGCCCAGAAGCCAUGGGUGAAAAAGCUCAAGGAUGUAGAAGAAGCUAAAAAGCACUACCACGUGGCCCGCAAGGAUGAAAGGGCGGCCCAGGUACGAGAGGAUCACUCCAAGGCGGACUCGACUGUGUCGCAGGAACAGCUGCGCAAACUGCAAGACCGCGUGGAAAAGUGCAACCAGGAGGUAGAGAAGAAUAAAGGUUUGUACGAGAAGGCCCUGGAGGAGCUGAACCGGUACAACCCCCGCUAUAUGGAAGACAUGGAGCAGGCCUUCGAAAGCUGCCAGGAAGCUGAGCAGAAACGCCUGCGCUUCUUCAAGGAGAUGUUGCUGGACCUUCACAAGCACCUCGAUCUCUCCAGCAAGGACAGCUUCCAUGUUCUGUACAAAGAUCUGUACCAAAGCAUUCAAGCUGCGGACGAUCAGCAGGACCUGAAAUGGUGGCGUAACACUCACGGGCCGAGCAUGGCCAUGAACUGGCCACAGUUUGAGGAAUGGUCCCCAGAGACGCAGAGAACCAUCAGUAAGAAGGAGCGGAGCAAUAAGAACGUGGAAGAAGUGACCCUUACUGGUAUCCUGCCGGCACGGGACGGAGUAUCAACAGGGACACCCACCCAACAGCUGAACAGAGGGUUUGCCUACACCGAUGAAGACCAGGAUUUCUAUGCCACUCUAACGGACACCCCGCACUCAGAUACUGGCAAAGACGAUGCAUCUGAGUGGUCGGAAGAUGACAGUCCUAAAAAGUCAAUGGACAGCAAUGGCCGGGAGGUGUCACAGGUAGAGGGCGUGCGCGUGCGAGCUCUGUAUGAUUACACGGGCCAGGAGGCUGACGAGCUGAGCUUUACGGCAGGAGAAGAGCUCAUGAAGAUCGGCUCGGAGGAUGACCAGGGCUGGUGCAGGGGACGUCUACUGAGUGGGAGAACCGGACUCUAUCCGGCCAACUACGUAGAAGGAGCUGCCUCCUGAGAUCCUGCCGGCCUUUGCGGUGUUUUCCAAAGCUGUGUGUGUGCAUGUGUGCAUUGUGGACCCCCGCGGUGGGGUGGGGGAAUGGACAGCCGAUGAACAUUGGAUCAUUCUUAUUGAAUCCAUUUGCUGCUUUUACCGAUGUAUUUUAGACAUGCAGUUUCCUUGGCUAAAUAUAUGUUCCGGAUAAUAGUGCAUUGUGCUUCUCUCACCUUGUUCCGAAAGUUGUUGGGAACCAUAGCCAAAAUGAAUCAGUGCUUCCUCAACAUACAAACCUCUUGGGUGAUCAUUGUUUGUCACCUCUAACCAGUCUCUCCCUUGGAUAAAAAUGGCAGCAGCUCCACCAUAGGGCUCCUGCCCAGAACCAAAAGCAUUUGGUACCAUAUUUGUCCGCCAGUGUAUGUCCCAUCGCACAGCACCAGAUUUAUACAUCUUUCCAUCUCGGCGGUGCACUAUAACCACGGUACUAAAGUUCCACCACUUGCUUAUAGAACUUUUGGUCUUGUCCAAGCCAGUCCAGCCAUUUGGAAUACGGGGGGUGGGGGAACUCACUGCCGCUAAAUUGCCAAUAUUGCAUGUAAAAUAUUCAUUUGAACAGAAUUCUCCAUCUUUAAAAUCCUAUUUUGCCCCUUCAGCCUUAUAGCUUCACUCAGAACAGAUGUAUAUGCAGCAGUUCUGCUUGCAGUUGUAUGUUGUUUUGGCCGCGCAUAGACCAUAUGCCCCCAGUAUAAAGUUUAAGAUAUAUAAAUGCUCUCUUUCUCGCCAUGUCGCAAGUGCUUUUAACGCCAGUUUUCCUUUAGCUUAUACACUAGCCGUCUGUUUUUUAUUUUUUAGCAUUGUUUUGAUGAACAAGGUUUACUGGAGUUUAUUGUUACUUUAUCAUUUACAUGGGGGAGGGGGGUCCGAAGGCUCACGUGAAAGUUAUUUAAAUAGAACCUGCCACACAGUCUGCUUUGGUGAGGAUAAUAAUUGGUUGUAGUUUGUAUUUCACAUACUUUGGCUUUAAAUGUUACCAAACGUACAGGGUUGUGGAGAUGUAGGGGCCGUGGACAGGGGGGUGAUUCAAGGUGAUUUUACAUGUCGCCUAGCACCUAGUCGCCUAACUGUGUUUUUGUGCUGGACAUAUAAAGGGACAGAGAGGUAGUUACAGCGGUGCCAUCACAUCAUGCAAGUGACCUUAUUGUGAAAGAUUUAUUUUGUAUUUAAAUAAUAAUAAUAAAAAUACACAUUGGUUUUUACCCUCA